AUGGAGCUUUCAAUGGGGAACAAUGGUGGCGCUUCGGGCGAUGAACAUGAAGCAGCUUCUAACUCUAGAAAUCAGGGAAAGAAGGCUUACCAUCGCCAUUCUAAUCAACAGAUUCAUCAGCUUGAAAAAUUUUUCAAGGAAUGUCCACAUCCGGAUGAAAACCAGCGGCGCCAGUUGAGUAGGGAAUUAGGGCUUGAGGCUAAACAGAUCAAGUUCUGGUUUCAAAACAAAAGGACUCAGAAAAAGGCGCAGAGUGAGCGAGCAGAUAAUUCAGUUCUUCGGUUAGAAAAUGAGAGGAUUCAAUGUGAAAAUCUGGCAAUCAUAGAGGCACUGAAGAAUGUGAUCUGCCCAGCUUGUGGAGGUCCUCCCUUCGGAGAAGAAGAACGCCAACGUAGUUUGCAGAAACUAAAGCAGGAAAAUGCUCGGUUGAAAGAAGAGCAUGAAAAGGUAUCCACCCUUCUUACCAAGUACAUAGGAAAAUCGAUUUCACAGAUUGAUUCGUUGACACCUGGCGCUGGAUCUUCACAUGGCGUAUUGACAACAAACCCUGGCAUUGAUCUGGAACGGAAUCCAGGACUGGACAACAGUCAGUUGGUCUAUAAACGUAGAGGAAUUCUAGAUAUGGAAAAGGCACUCAUGGCUGAGACUGCUGCCAGUGCAGCAGAUGAGUUGGUCAGGCUUUUGCGAGUUAAUGAGCCUCUGUGGAUCAAGUCCCCAUCUGAUGGAAGAUACAUCCUUGAUCGUGUCGGCUAUGAGAAACUAUACCCCAGGGACAGUCACUUCAAAAGUUCUAAUGCUCGUGUCGAAUCAUCCAAGGAUUCAGCAAUGGUGAUCAUGCCUGGAAUGGACCUGGUUGACAUGUUUUUGGAUCCAAAUAAAUGGAUGGAUCUUUUUCCGACAAUUGUUACCAAGGCCAGGACAAUUCUAUUACUUGAAGCUGGAACUGUAGGAAACCGAAAUGGUUCCUUGCAGAUGAUGUAUGAACAAAUGCACAUACUGUCGCCCUUGGUUCCACCUAGGGAGUUUUACUUCCUUCGUCUUUGUCAGCAACUUGAGCCUGGGGAGUGGGUGGUAGCAGAUAUAUCGUAUGACUUCAUGAGAGAUGGCUCCCCUUCCCGCGCUUGGCGGCUUCCUUCUGGAUGCAUGAUCCAAGAUAAGUCUAAUGGAUGUUCCAAGGUAACUUGGGUAGAACAUGUGGAGGUGGAUGAUAGAACUCAAACUCAUCGCCUUUACAGAGAUCUCAUAUGCGGAAGAUCUGCUUAUGGAGCAGAACGAUGGAUUGCUAGUCUCCGGAGGAUUUGCGAGAGGUUAGCUUUCUACAAGGAGGAAACUGCAGCUGCUCGAGAAUUUGGAGGAGUGAUCACUUCACCUGAGGGUAGAAAGAGCAUAGUAAACCUAGCCCACAGGAUGGUGAAGAUCUUUUUUGCAAGUUUGGGCAUGUCAGGAAAACUGGAUUUCCCUCAACUCUCUGAAGUGCACAAUAGUGGGGUUCGGGUAGCUAUUCGUAAGAACACAGAACAAGGGCAGCCGAUUGGCAUGGUUGUUAGUGCUGCUACUUCUCUCUGGCUUCCACUCUCACCUCAGAAUGUGUUUAACUUCUUCAAAGAUGAGAAAUCACGAAUUCAGUGGGAUAUUCUGUCCAAUAGCAAUCCUGUGCAUGUGAUUUCACACAUUUCCAAUGGGACUAAUCCAGGGAACUGCAUAUCCAUUACUCACCCUUUCAUUCCUACUGAGAACAACAUGCUGAUACUUCAAGAGAGCUGCACGGACUCUUCAGGAUCAAUGGUGGUAUAUGCUCCACUUGACAUUCCAGCCAUGAACAUGGUGAUAGGCGGUGCAGACUCAUCGAUCAUUCCCAUACUUCCAUCAGGUUUUGUAAUAUCUGGCGAUGGCCGUCCAGACACAGGAGGGGACAGUUCUACUUCCACAAGUUCUACUGGGGCAGACUCAGGAGGUUCACUUCUUACAGUAGCCUUCCAAAUUCUGGUCGCUGGCCCUAAUGUCACAUCCUCUACAGAACUCAACAUGGAAUCUGUGGCAACAGUCAAUACCCUUAUCAGCACCACGGUUCUCAAAAUUAAGGCUGCUUUGAAUUGCUCUAAUUUGGGUUAAGCAUUGGUGGUGCUGUUGUUGAGAGAUUAGUUUCUUAUCAUAUGAUUCUGCCUGGAAACUGAAACACAAAAAAAUAAUCAGCUGCUACUUCUGCUCAACUUUUGGCUGCCGUCUAGUUGUUUUAAAACACUUUCAUCUCCAGGAUGAUGGUCUUGCAUUGCAAGAGAAAGACAUUGAGUUUUUUUUUUCUUUGAUGGAUGAUGGGGAUGUUUUAUUUAUUUAUUUUCUUUCUUUCUUAUAUAUCCUCUCUUUAAUUAAUUAUUUGUGUUUAUUUAUUUGAAAAUAUUUCAUGCUAUAUUUAGCAUCAAUAGAGACAAACCAUUGAUUAAUAUUUCUUAUAAUGCAAAGGAUUUAAUACUUAAGGAAAUUUGUUACCAUCAAAAUGCUUUUAUAAAUCAUUUGUAAUACUGUUUUGCACUUGAAAUUUUGAACACUUUCAAAAAAAAAAUAUAUAUCCUGAUGGACUUCUUAGAAGAGUAAGAGACUUCAAUAAAGAUUAAUUUCCAAAUCCCAUUAAAAGGGAUUGCUAAUGGCAAAUCGCAUAGUCACCUGCAGAAGCACAAAAAUAUAAGAACAAAUUUUGAAUCCAUAAACUAAAUUAAAACUGGUUGCAUUCAUCUUUUGUUCCUCCAUGCAGUAUUCGUUCUUGUUUCUAAUCAGAUGGUUUAAGAUUUCUGAAGCACUAAGUCAAGGAUAUAACACGCUACAAGACUUCAAUUCCAUGCAUUUUCAUGUUUAAAACCAGA